CAAUGCAUGCUCUGUUGUAUGAAAAAAAUACAUGCACACAAAAAGAUACAUAGAAUACUCGAAAAAUUGGUUAUACAAUUAUUUAGUGUUUGUGUAUUUAAAUAAAUGUGUGACUUUUUAAAAUUAUACAUAAAAACUAUUAAUUAGUAUAUUUAUUAUUGAAAAAAGAGCAAGUAUUUUGAUAGAAAAUUAAAUUUUCGUGUUUUCUUGAAAAGAGAAAGUGAAACUCAUUUUGCCAACAUCACAAAUAUAUUGUGUGUUCGAACGUAUUGAAUUAUUCCUAGGAAAUUUGUCACAAGAUGUCGGGAAUUGUUUUCGCGAUAAACCUCAGCGAAUACAUCAUUUCCCGAAAUGACUUGCUUGUCGUGGCGAAAAUUUAUGGAAUUUUGGCCUAAAUAAAAUCUUACUAUACAGUAGAUAAUUUUAGUUACUACAAUCAAUUAAAAUUCGACAAUCAUUCGGUGUUUAUAUCGAGUGACAAUUUGAGUACCGUGCGUAGAGUGAGUACCAUUACAGAGAUUAAAGAGAGCAAUAGGGUCAUAGAAGCUUCAAGAUACAAAUCGACUACGUUUUAAAAAAAUUUAUAAAACAAAAAUAUAAGUUAAUUUAUUAUUAAGUAAUAACAAUAAUUAUUAUAAAAUUAUUCAUUACAGUUAUAAUAAUAUUAACCGUAAUAAUUCUAAAAUAACAAUACUAGACAACGUAAAGAGGAGCACAUAGUGAGUAAGUGACUGAGUGUAAAAAUUAAUUUUGAUUGAAUUGACAUUGGUAUGGGAGCUAAAGCAAGUACCGUAGCACAAGCUGCGGGGAGUAAUGGCCAAUCUUCCGCCGGUGCCAACGAAACAACAAUGCAGGGAUUCUCGAUUUUACGUUCAUUGCCAGGUGGAGUUUCAUUACUUCAACAUCAACACCAGCAAAACAGCCAAACACAGUCUUCACGAGUCUCUGGAGAUAGUAGACAAAGAGCUAGAUCUCUUAGUUCUGUACCAGAUCUCUCAGGUGAACAAAAUAACUUGGCUACUGCUGUUGGUGUCAACGUUGGCCAAGCUCUUGGCUUAGGAAAUCUUGACUCAGAUGACGGAGAUGAAGACAGUGGUAGAGUUUAUGCUGCCCACAGUUUGCCAUCGCAUAUUUGGUCCCUUAAUGGUCUUAAAUGCCCCGUAUGUUCAAAAUUUAUUUUACCAAAUGACAUCGAAUGUCACUUGGUAAUGUGCCUGACAAAACCACGACUUAGCUAUAAUGAGGAUGUUUUAGCAGAUGAAAAAGGUGAAUGCGUUAUCUGCUUGGAGGAAUUACAAUCAGGAGAUGUGAUAGCACGUUUGCCUUGUUUAUGCAUAUAUCACAAAAACUGCAUCGACAGAUGGUUUCAAGUAAAUCGCAGCUGUCCAGAACAUCCAGGUGAUUGAUUUGUAAUUGUCUAAAUUGAAAAAGUAAAGAGAAAAAUCUAUACAGUGAAUCAUGUUCCGGGACUGCUUUAUACAUAAAAAAAUUAUAGAAUAUAAGAUCAUUGGUAUGUUGAGAUAAAGUAUGGACAAAAGUGAAAAUGAAAUAAAAUAAAUAACUAGUCAAGGUGGCUGCUAGUCUGCGAUGGUGACUUGUAAAAGUGGCGAUUAUUAGAUUGUAUUGAAGACUUGACUUGGAUACAAAAUUCAAGUUAAAUGAAAGCAAACAUCUAAUAUUAAAUUCAUGAACUAUAAUAUUUAAUAACAAAAAAAUGACUUACAUCGCCAUACGACUCAGCGAUACAAUUGCUAUUAUCUAUACGUACCUUUAAUAAUAAUAAUUAUUAUUACUAUUAUUAUUAUAAUUAUUACUAUUAUUAUAUUGCUCUAUUGCUUAUUAUUGAUUGUAUCAUAUUUAUAAAUUUAAUUUAGUUUUGAAUCUGUAAGUUGAAAUAAUUUUUUAACUGAAAAAGUUAUCGAUUAGAAUGAUUAUGUUAUAGUCAUUCACUACUUUGUGAAAAGUGAAGAUUUUAAUAAUGGUAUGUCAAUAUUGAAACCUGUUUUAUAUAUAUAUAUCUAUAUAUAUAAAUAUAUAUGUAUACAGACGCAGGUGAACUCCUCGAAUAAGUUAAUUUUUAAUUUUAUCUUAUUUUAUAAUCAAUUCUUUGUAUUGUUUUUGUUGCUUGUUGGGGGAUGAGAGUUAGAAAGGAUAUUUUUGAUACUUUCAUAAAAUGGGAGAGAGCCAGGAUUUAUAGGGAGUUGAUAAUGUGUCAUAAUGCUGUUGACGUUGUGUAGUAACAAUAAAGGUUCUAAUUUAA